AUGAAGCAUGCAGGGAUAUCCAAGUCAAGGAAGACAAGAUCAACCUUCUUUUCCUUGAGUGCUGGAAUGCUCACCACCAAGGGACGCGAUGAGACCGACGAGGGACUUGACAAAAAGCUCAGCCUACACUAUUACUCACGCAUGCAAUUUAUUAAGAAUCUUCUGCCGCGUUUGGCGAAAGCUGGAGCGGUCACCGAAGAGUCGUCCCCAGCCAAAUCCGGCCUCCGUAGCAAGUCGGCCAGUGUCGUCUCCGUCCUUGAGGCAGGCGGGGAAGGUCCGUUAAACCUGGACGACUUGUCUCUAAAGUCAACCUACUCGCUCCGUAACGCUGCUAAACACGCUAUCACCAUGACGUCCCUAUCGAUGCAGGAGCUCGCGGCUUCUCAUCCCGAGGUGUCUUUUGUCCAUGCCUACCCCAGAGUGGUCAAGACAGGCCUCAUGCGUGGGUUUGGAACCGUUACGCGGGUUGCGAUGAACGCUAUGCUUGUUCUAGCGAAACCCUGGUUGGUCCCUCUCAGCGAGAGCGGUGAUCGACAUCUGUAUGCCGCACUAGCCCGCGGUUCCCACCGCGGGGCCUCUACUGGUGGCGGCGAUGUUGUGCCCGGUGCCGAUGGAGUCAAGGGCAUUGGGGCAUAUCUUUUGAGAUGGGAUGGAUCUGCUGCUAGAAACCAGAAGCUUUUGCAGGAGUAUCGCCAGAAUGAUACCGGUAAAUUAGUGUGGGAGCACACGGUGGGGGUAUUUGAGUCGAUCUGCGGCAAAGACGGCGUCUCGCAGGACUGA